AUGUAUUUCAGGCACUACUCGAUACUCAGAAUCUUUUGCGUGCACAAAUCACAAAUUUUACAUUCAACCUGGGAUUUUCAGGGAAAUUUUACCAUACAGGAACUGAGGAGGAAGAUGAAGGGGAUGACCAUCUUUUGGGGUCUGUGGAUGAGUUCUGGUGGUUUCCUCACAUGUGGAGCCACAUGCAGCCCCACCUUUUCCAUAAUGAGUCAUCUUUGGUGGAGCAGAUGAUUCUCAACAAAAAAUUUGCCUUAGAGCAUGGCAUUCCUACCGGCAUGGGCUACGCUGUAGCCCCUCACCACUCAGGCGUCUACCCUGUACAUGUUCAGCUUUAUGAGGCCUAGAAGAAGGUUUGGAAUAUUAGAAUCACCAGCACUGAAGAACAUCCACAUCUAAAACCAGCUAGAUACAGGAAGGGCUUCAUGCACAAAAACAUCAUGGUUCUUCCAAGACAAACCUGUGGGCUUUUCACUCACACAAUCUUCUACAAAGAAUAUCCAGGAGGUCCUAAAGAGCUGGACAAGAGUAUUCAAGGAGGUGAACUUUUCUUCACUGUAGUCCUCAACCCAAUCAGCAUUUUCAUGACCCAUUUGUCCAACUAUGGGAAUGACCAACUGGGAUUAUAUACAUUUGUUAACCUGGCCAACUUCAUGCAGAGCUGGAGCAAUUUGCAACUUCAGACUCUGCCUCCAAUGCAGCUGGCUUAUAAGUAUUUUGAGCGCUUCCCUGAUCAAAAAGACCCUCUCUGGCAGACCAAAUGUCACAGAGACAUUUGGUCUAAAGAAAAAACCUGUGAUCGCUUACCAAAAUUGUUGGUAAUAGGACCCCAGAAAAUUGGAACCACUGCUUUGUAUUUGUUCCUGGUUAUGCAUCCUUCCAUCCUUAGUAACUCCCCCAGCCCAAAAACCUUUGAGGAGGUACAGUUCUUUAAUAGAAAUAACUACCACAGGGGGAUUGAUUGGUAUAUGGAUUUCUUCCCAGUCCCAUCUAAUGUCACCACUGACUUUCUGUUUGAGAAGAGUGCCAAUUACUUCCACUCAGAGGAAGCUCCUAGAAGAGUGGCUUCCCUGCUUCCCAAAGCCAAGAUCAUCACCAUUCUCAUUGACCCAUCAGACCGAGCAUAUUCUUGGUACCAGCAUCAGCGAUCACAUGAAAACCCCGCCGCUCUGAAGUUCAGCUUCUACGAAGUGAUCACAGCGGGGCCCCGUGCACCCUCCGAGCUUAGAGCCUUACAGAAGAGAUGUUUGAUCCCAGGGUGGUAUGCCAGCCACAUUGAAAGAUGGCUUGUUUAUUUCCCCCCAUUUCAGGAAUCUGGCAAACUCACAAAUAUGACAGAUGGACUGAGAAUUCAAAAGUUUGAUUCUCGUAAAGGUUUUUGGUGUCAGUUACUGGAAGAAGGUAAAACAAAAUGCCUUGGAAGGAGCAAAGGAAGAAAAUAAUCUCCAUUGGAUCCUGAUAGCAGAGCAUUUCUAUCAAGCUACUAUCAAGAUCACAACAUGGAACUCUCAAAGCUGCUGCACAAACUGGGGCAGCCUCUGCCAUCCUGGCUGAGACAAGAGCUGCAGAAAGUGAGAUAGCACAGAGAAAGGACUUCUUGAGUAUCCAUCUUCCAUGUAACACUCUCCUUUCCCAAAACUUCUGGAAGCUACCAAAAGGCUGUUAAAAAAUAUACCUCUUCAAGGGCAAAUCCUACCAUUUGCAGCAACAUGGAUGGAGCUGGAGGGUAUUAUGCUCAGUGAAAUAAGCCAAGCAGAGAAAGAGAAAU